GGGAGACCACCAUAUAAGGGAACGAACAGAAUAAUAGAAGCCAAUUGGCUCACGGGGACACUGGCAAUUGUGUCAGUCUUAUAAAACAACCAAGGAAUCCGGAAGAGAACACUCCGGAGUCCGAGACUAAACGAGCAGGGUGGAACCUGGCCAAUUCUAUCUCAGUCUCACGAAUGCCCUCCGAUAUCCAAAACCCAGGGCGACCCCUCCGCAUCCCGAACGAGUGAUCUCUCCUAGGGGAGCGAAUAACUGCAGUAUCUGUAACAGCUUUAAGAGAACUGAGCCUCACUACCAACGUGAGUACAAAAAUAAAACUUUUUUGCAUUUCGCUUUGAGUGCCAAGGGACUCUACCUCUGUGUUAUUACCUCCUCGUUCUCGCCCAGAGCGUUUAACUCCACCGCACGAGACAUGGCGAUGAGGAUGGGAUCCCUGAGAUGAGAAGGGAAAGUACAUGCAGACCCCUUAGUAAAGUAUUGCCCGUGGGUGAACCAUCAGCGGCCCCCGCCCACCGAUGUGGACGGCCUGUGGGCCCACAUUGCCUACCACCAGGUCGCACAGAAUGGAAAGUUAGGGAGUUAUUUGUCCAUCCAGCCGACCGACACCCUCACACACCAGCCCGGGGCAGCUAAGGAAUGGGUGGUGUCCAGGCUCAGUCCCGCUGCGCUUGGGUUUCUCCUGUCAUGCCCCUCUGUCCUGUACCGGCCCCCCGACGUAGUGGCGGAGGUCGAACUUAGUCGAAUUAAACCAAUGAGUGGGGGUAUCAAUCAUGCGCCCGAAAAAUAAUUUGCCCGGUGCAUACAACACCUCAAGACAGGAGGAGGCUGUGAUACCCUGCCCCCGACAAGUUUCGUUGUCCGGCUAUCAUUCCGGGAGGGGCCGAAAAUGAAAUAUUGACUACCUUGAGGGAGAACCUAGAAGAGGAGGGCAAAAAUUCCUCUAAGUGGGGCGGACAAAAGUGGGACAAAGGAAAAAUGCUUAAUGUCUUGUUUCGCUCGUUUUCCCCGCUAAUGAGACACGCUGCGAAUCAAGCGAAUUUGAUACAGACGCUCACGAAGAUGGCUGCUGACCAUGCCGCGAUCGCACCUAAAGAUGGCGCCGAGGUGGCAGCACAGGGGUGGGGAGAAGAAGAGGCGGAGACCUAUUUCUAUUCGCCAACACCGAGCUGUUCGUGAACCCUAUCAGCACCAAGCCACAUGGAGCCAGCUGCCUUGGCAAAAACGUUUGUGGAAAGCCAUCCAAUGGGGCACGGAGUCCCUCAUCCCCGGAUACAGCACAACCAAAAUCCACCUGGCUCUCGUGCAACUUAUCGAACAAGUGGAGGAGCUUACGAAUGUGACCCGCACAGCGAUUCAGCUACUCAACCUGCAGCUACAAGCCACCUCCCAAAUGACUGUCCAAAACCGUUUAGCAAUAGACGCCAUUCUUCUUCAACAAGGUGGACUUUGUCAAUAUCUUAAUCUUUCCCGAGACCAUUGUUGUCUUGCUAUCCCCAAUGUUUCCUUCCCCUUGUCAUUGCAAGUCGACAAAAUGAAGGAAAUUGCGGCAAAGGUCAACCACCUCUCGGGCAUAGGCCAAGGUUGGCUGUCCGACCUUUUCCGUUGGUUUGGGUGGGACACGUCAUCAUGGCUCAUCAAUAUGCUGAUGCCCCUCAUCACACUUUUGUUACCUAUUGCUGUUUUCCUCUGUUUUGGUUGUUGGAUUUUACAGUAUAUCAAAACAAAACUAACCUCGCUUUCUGCUUUUGUAUAUACCCGCUUGCCAACGAGCCCCGAUUUUAUUGAUCCCGAUCCCAUUGUCCUUGAACCCCUCUACGUCCAAAUGUCCAACUGGUCAAGGGGGGAUGUUGUGUAAUACUUGCUGCUUGCUCCCGAGUGACCAGCUGUCAUUUUGGGAAAGUACUGACUGUACUAACUUACAGAUAAGCAGCCGCCAUUUUGGGAAAGUACUGACUGUACUAACUCACAGAUAAGCAGCCGCAGCCAUUGCAUAUCUUGUCACGCUAUUGCCGUAACUGUUGGGCACUUCCUUAAACUCGGGGGGAGACUCAAACCUGGGGGGAGACCACCAUAUAAGGGAACGAACAGAAUAAUAGAAGCCAAUUGGCUCACGGGGACACUGGCAAUUGUGUCAGUCUUAUAAAACAACCAAGGAAUCCGGAAGAGAACACUCCGGAGUCCGAGACUAAACGAGCAGGGUGGAAUCUGGCCAAUUCUAUCUCAGUCUCGCGAACGCCCUCCGAUAUCCAAAACCCAGGGCGACCCCUCCGCAUCCCGAACAAGUGAUCUCUCCCAGGGGAGCGAAUAACUGCAGUAUCUGUAACAGCUUUAAGAGAACUGAGCCUCGCUACCAACGUCAUCUACGAAGCAGGUGAUAUCCAAUACAGAUCAUGAAUUUGCAAAGCAAAAGGGUACUUACAGGAUCAUAGAUUUAGAAGAAGGCAAACAAUUAUGGAGAAUUCGCCCUCCAGACAUGACAGAUUCUGUAGGACAGUCUUCAGCAGUUUGCCAUCUAUCAUGCAUCUAUCAGAUGAGGAUAAUGCUGCUUACAAUAUCUACCUCUGUCAUGGGGAUACUGCAGCUACCCUCUUUCCUGAGACACAGACUAAAAGAAAGGAAGCCACUGAACAGUUUUAUAUCACCUGCACAGACCCACUACACCUGGGAAAAACCUUCCAGCAGCUGUUUGUUUCUAUGGCCACUUUAAUUUUUACAGUCUAAUUGAAAAAAAUCAAUAAAUAAAUGUGUAGCAAAUUUACAC